GCAGAUAGGAGGCUUCAUGCACGGUGUUUUUAAGGUUAUUUUGUGUAUUAUGUGGUAAAGUAGCGCAAAAGAAAUUGUAUAGAACCAUGCUCAUAUUGGUUUCCAACAAUGCUGCGUCUACGUUUUUAAACCUGGUCGCUUAUCUCGUGUUUGUCCUUUAGCACAUCAAUGUUCUUCGAGCAGACGUGCUUGCGUGUGUAGGUCCGGUAGGUCGUGUCAAUGGCGUCAGUGAACAACACAAGGAUUUCCUUCUCGAAUUCAACACCAGAGCAAAUUCGAAGAGCUAGAAAAAGACAGCCAGCAGUUCUAAACGGAAUCAACAGCUCAUAUGAAGACAGGAACAGCGAUUACUUGUGCCCAAUAUGCUUCGAUGUUAUUGAAGAAGCCCACAUGACACCUUGUGGACACACUUUUUGCUACAAGUGCAUCACAACAGGCCUGGAAUACAGUAACCGAUGUCCAAAGUGUAAUUUUGUGAUUGAGAAGAAGGAGCAGAUCUACCCAAACUUUCUGUUGAAUGAGCUUAUUACAAAGUAUAAGCAAAAGGCGGCUGACAAGAGGCUGAAGUUGCAGGGCGAGUCUGACAGCAUGAAUUUGAAUGAUGUCUACAAUAUGCUGGAUGUUCUUUCAAAGAAGAAGCAGCAGCUGGAAGCUGAUUGUAAAGCAGCUCAAGCACAACUUCUGAGAGAGUUUCUACAGCAAGUUCGCAAGCACAAGCAAGAGCAAAUGCACCAGCUUACCUCCGAGCUAAGCUUCAUUGAUCAAGACCUGAAACGUGUUGAGGUAAUUUGA